AUGGCGACACAGGUGCGCGGGCACAAAGCAUAUACGGUCGGCUGGGUAUGUGCGUUACCGAAAGAGCAGACAGCCGCAACAGCGAUGCUUGAUGAGCGGCACCCGAAUCUCCCAAAACCACCCAAUGAUCCCAACACGUAUACCCUCGGUUCGAUCGGUGAUCAUAAUAUCGUCAUUGCGUGCUUACCGAAAGGGAAAGUCGGCACUGUUUCUGCUGCAAGCGUCGCAGCCCACAUGAUACAUGCUUUUCCUGGUAUCAGGUUCGGAUUGAUGGUCGGUAUCGGCGGAGGAGUUCCCCGUCAUGUGAGACUGGGCGAUGUAGUCGUCAGUGUGCCUACCGAUCAGCACCCUGGAGUUGUGCAAUGGGAUAUGGGUAAAGCUGAACAAGGCGGAUCUUUUCGACGAACCGGCGCUCUGAACAACCCACCCACCUUGCUCUUGACUGCUCUUGCGAGGCUGGAGACGGACCACGAACUGCACGGAACCAAGAUACCUCAAUAUAUGGAAGAGCUGAAAGAACGAUAUCCGAGAAUGGCAGCCCAGUAUCUCAAACUCGACGACCUGCAGGACAUUCUGUUCAAGGCAGGCUAUGACCAUGUCGAUCAACAGCAUCAAGACAGCGUGGAGGAUGAAGAGAUAUGGGAAGAGUCAGAGAGCGAGGCUGGAGACGAUUGCCGACAUUGUGACAAGGCUCAAGUCGUGAGACGGAAGCCACGGGAUAUGCGUGUGCACUACGGACUUAUCGCCUCGGGAAAUCAGGUCAUCAAAGAUGCGCAAGCCAGAGAUCAGCUUUCCGUUGAUCUUGGCCGAAAAGUUCUCUGCAUCGAGAUGGAAGCCGCUGGACUUAUGGAUGGAUUUCCCUGCAUAGUGAUCCGAGGAAUAUGCGACUAUGCAGACUCGCACAAGAACAAGGCCUGGCAAAAGCAUGCUGCUGCAGUGGCAGCUGCAUUCGCAAAGGAAUUGCUAGGCUAUGUGGUUGCCGAUGAAGUCUGUGGCGCGGAACCAGCCAAUGCCUUACUUGGAAUCAUUUCCCAAGAUGUGGCCACCAUCAGGGAGCAUACUACAAGGAAGACGCAGUUACUGAACAACAAAGAAGACAUGGAGAUAAUCGACUGGAUUUCAACUAUUAAUUAUGGUGCUCAACAGACAGACACGCUCAAGCGGUGGCAUCCGAAGACAAACCAAUGGUUUCUUUGCUCUGCAGAAUACCAGCGUUGGCUCCAGACCCAUGGGAGAACAUUAUACUGCCCUGGGAUACCCGGGGCGGGAAAAACCAUCUUGGCUUCUGCGAUCAUUAAUGAUAUAGGUCAUCGUUUCUCGACAGAUUCUAAUGUUGCUUUGGCUCACGUAUACUUUAGUUUUUCACGACAUGCCGAGCAAACUGUAGAACUGGUGCUUGCCAGCCUUUUGACGCAACUUUUACGCGGCCAAUCAUUCCUCCCAGACCAUGUUCGUAGCAUUUCAGAGACUCACCAGAAGAAAGGCACACACCUUACGCAUAGCGAAUUGCUCACUUCUUUGAGCCGCGUUAUUCCGGAAUACGAUCGUGUAUUCAUUGUAUUGGACGCUCUAGACGAAUGCACAAGCCAGAACCGAGUGAAGUUCCUCUCAGAUAUGCAUGAUCUUCAAAUCAAAAUGAACAUAAACAUCCUUGCCACGUCACGACCACACGAGGAGAUUGUGUAUCUAUUGAUGGAUGAAAACACGACAAUCAUGCCUAUUGUUCCAUGCUCUGAGGACAUGAGCAUCAUGCUUCAGAGUGUGAUAAGGACAUUCGACAAAGAAAUAUAUGACGACGAAUUCCGCGAACAUGUUGUGUCAAAGAUCAUCAAGGUUGCAGAUGGGAUGUUUCUCCUCGCGAACUUGCAUUCUAAUUCAUUGGCUGCGUUGCCGACCAAGGGAGAUAUCCUCGACGCUUUGGACAAGCUUGACAAGGGAUCAGAUCCUCUGGACGCCGUGUAUGAGCUUUCAAUGCAGAGAAUCGAAGGUCAAGGCAGCGGUUUGGCCCAACUCGCAAAGAAAAUUAUUCUAUGGAUCGUCCAUGCCAGGAGGAUUAUGUCCAGUGCAGAAAUAACGCAUGCACUGGCCAUUCGGCCAAACACCAAGGCAAUCGAUACCAACUACUGUCCUAGCAUUCGAACGAUCAAGUCUAUCUGUGCCGGGCUAGUCACAAUCGAUGAGGAAAGCGAUGCAGUUCGCUUGGUCCACUAUACGGCACAGGAGUAUUUCGAAAAGACAAGUGGGAAAUGGUUUGUCGAUGCCCACGAUCACAUCACCCAAAUCUGUGCUACGUAUCUCUCCUUCGACGCUUUUGAAGGCUACUGCCACUCAUUUGAAGGCUUUAAGGAGCGCUGUAUCGAGUUCCCUUUCUAUCACUAUGCAUCCAAGGAAUGGGGACACCAUGCCCAGCUUGCAAAAUCUGAGGAACAUGUGGUAGAUUUUCUGAGGAAGCAGCGUCAUGUCCAAGCAUCAAUACAAGCACUGGAGACUAGCGAAUUGCGGCUUCGUCACUGGAAACACGAUCAGGAUUCUUUAGGGACUAUGAAUGGGCUCCAUUUGGCAUCACGAUUCGGAUUGGUUAUCGCUAUCAAGGCGUUAUUGGCCGAUUACGAUGCUAAUGUAGGAGAUGCCUACGGUCAGACACCGCUAUCAUGGGCAGCCUCAAACGGACAUGGAGCAGUUGUUGAAUUUCUCCUUGGUACGAAGGAGGCUGGUAUUGAUUUACCAGACUACUUGGGCCAAACACCGCUCUUGAAAGCUGCCUCAAAUGGUCACGCAAAUGUGGUCAGAUUGCUCUUAAGCACGGGGAAAGUCGACCCCGAUAAGCCAGAUUACCGCGGACGGACAGCCCUCUCGUGGGCCGCCUGGGCUGGGAGUGAAGCUGUAGUCAAUCUGCUUCUAUCUGAUGAGAAAGUUGAUCUGAACUUUCCCGAUUGUCACGGUUGUACACCUCUAAUGUGGGCAGUCGUUUCUAGAGAUAGGACUACAGAGAAGAGACUUCUGUUCGCGGACAAAGCUCAGACCGCUCGACUGGAUCACAAUGGAAGGGCUCUACUAUCAUGGGCAGCGGAAUAUGGAGAUGAUUAUGUGGUCGAAGUGCUUCUUGACAUUAAUGCCAUUGACGUCAACCUUCAAGACAAUCAUGGCCGUACACCAUUAUCUUGGGCAGCCUCGAAUGGGCACGAUUCUGUUGUGAUAAUGCUUCUAUCCACGGGUAAAGUCGAUAUUAAUAUACCAGAUGAGAAUGGCCGGACACCAUUGUCGUUAGCAGCCGGAUAUGGUUAUGAGGUUGUCAUCGAAGUGCUUCUUGGCACGGAAGCAAUAGAUGUCGAUCUACCGGAUGAUAAUGGCCAGACACCACUAUAUUGGGCAUCUUUGAGUGGCAAUGAUCAUAUAGCAUUGAUGCUACUGUUCACAGGGAAAGUUGAUGUCAAUUUGACAGAUCAGAAUGGCCGGACACCAUUGUCGUUAGCAGCUGAAUAUGGAUAUGAGGCUGUGAUUGAGGUGCUUCUUGGCACGGAAGCAAUAUACGUCGAUCUACCAGAUAAUAGGGGCCGAACCCCAUUAUCCUGGGCAGCCUCGAAUGGGCAUAUCUAUGUUAUGAGAAUGCUACUUCUCACAGGGAAAGCCGAUACCACUUUUCCUGAUAAAAGUGGGCGCACACCACUUUCAUGGGCUAUUGAAAAAGGGUUUGGACUUGCUGUCAAUGUGUUACUUGACACUAGCGAAAGCUUUGAUGUGCUAUCAGAAUUUUUAGACUAG